UUUCUUUUCAAUUAUUCCCAAGUUCAAGCUCGAAGAACAAACAAUCCAAAAUGGUAUUCAAAGCCGUACUUUUCGUCUGCGCUCAGGCUCUAGUUAUGCAGUGCAUCUCCGGUCAGUGCAUCGGCGCCGGCUGGGGAGCUGCGCCUUACGCCGGCAAUUGGGCAGGCGCUCCUUUCGGCGCUGCCGGUCUCUGCGGCGCUGAGCUGAUCGCCACUCCCGCUUUCUCCGGCGGUGCUCUCCCAGUCGCCAGCGCCUCCGCUAUCCCACCGAACGGAGUUUCCGUGCUGUCUGAAAACACUUAUUGCGGAGAGCUCGCCGUCCGCGGCGCUCUGCCUUUCUUGGGAACUGUGGGCCUGGAGGGCGCCCUGCCCACUGCUGGUGCUGGUGCGGUCGCGUACGGUUGCGGCAACGGAGAGGUCGCUAUGCUCAGCGAGGACAUUGGUGCUGCUGGUAUCGCCGGUGCCGCUAUCGGCCCCUUCGGUUACGGUUACGGCUACGGCUACGACGGUUUAGCCGGAGCCGCCAUCGGCCGCGCCGGCUGCGGGUGUGGACGUGCUGGUUUCUACGUCAAUCAUUGUAUUCUCGACUUCGACAGAUUUAUACAUACUUACUACAAGAUGUCAGCCUUCGCUUUCUUGAUCAUUUGUUUCCAAGCUUGCUUGAUUCAGGAUGUCUACAGCCAGUGCCUUCGCGGUUCCAUCGGAUCAGCAUAUGGUUUUGACGGUGCUUACGGUUUAGGUAACUCACUUGGUCUCACUGGUUACGGAUUCGGCGGAGCUUACGGUCUGGGUUCUUCCUACGGCCUGGGUCUCGCUGGCUAUGGAUAUGGCGGUGCUUAUGGUCUGGGUUCUUCCUACGGCCUGGGUCUCGGUGGUUAUGGAUGUGGCGGUUCUUAUGGUCUGGGUUCUUCCUACGGCCUGGGUCUCGGUGGUUAUGGAUUUGGCGGGGCUUACGGUUCUGGUCUCGCCUCCCCACUCGCAUACGGUGCAGGCUAUGGUGGAGAAGGUGUCGGUGAUGUCGAGGUCAUUGGUCAAAUGCCAGUCGCUGGAACUACCAUAGUCGACGGAGAGGUGCCAAUCUUAGGUGCGGUUGAAUUUGGAGGUAUUGUGCCAGCGUCUGGCACCGUUACCAUUUCUGGCAGCUGCGGAUGCGGAUGUAGAGGUGGUUACCGCUACUGAGAAGUUAUUGCGGUAUCUUGUCCAACCAAGAUGAAACCGAAAAAUAAACUGAUAAUAAUAUGUA